CCGUUGACGUUUGCGGACUUCCAAUGGAUGCCCCUUCCCCGGWCCGGUCRAUUGCCGAAAYCKCAUUGCAACGUGCUCAUGGCACAAUUGCGGGAUUACUUGCACACUGCAGUACCAACUCCGUUGAUGGACGCCGGAGUAGAGGUUGUCGACCUUCACGAUUACAUUGCGAAGAUCGACCACGAGUUCAAGACACAACGGUACGACGACAUCGACGCGCCAUUGUUGUACAUACGCAUUCAGAUCGGAGAGGCGACCUGCAGCGCUAUGAUCGAUUGCGGAGCAUCUCGCAACUACAUGAGCCAGGACUUUAUGGUACGCGCCGGCCUUGGCCGACACGUUCGGAGGAAGUCCCAGCCUACGCAAGUCACGUUGGCAGACGGUCACACGCACAAGUCAAUCGACCGGUGCAUUGAUGACGUCCCGGUGUACUUUGCCCCGCAUCCAAGCGAGGCGGCUUCCUUCGAUAUUUUGGACACCAAAUUCGACAUGAUCUUGGGCAUGUCAUGGCUGCGAAACGAGGAUCACCGGGUGAACUUCUACCGCCGCACCGUUCACGUUCGUGAUCGGAACGGAGUACUAGUCCCAUGCACGGUGCCUCCUCCUCACCCUUCGAUCAGCUGCCACGUGGUGUACGCCGCAAGCAUGCGAGCUUCCAUCAUCAGAGACGACAUCGAGGAGAUGGGGGUGUGUUUUCUCCAUGCCCUCCCGCCCCAUGACGCUUCAUCGACGGACUCAUCUUCGGACCCACGCAUCACCGAGCUUCUCGACGCCUACGACAACGUGUUCGAAGGCCCGCACGGAGUAGUACCGGAUCGGCCCAUCCGCCACGAGAUCAUCCUCGCGGACGGGGCUGUACCUCCGCGUGGUUGCAUCUACCGAAUGAGCGAGGAAGAGCUAAGUGUGCCACAGGCACAACUCGACGACCUUCUUGAGAAAGGCCGGAUUCGGCCUAGCUCCUCGCCAUACGGUGCUCCCGUUCUCUUCGUCCGGAAGAAGAACAAGGAUUUGCGGUUGUGCAUCGAUUAUCGCAAGCUCAACGCGCAGACGAUCAGGAACGUUGGCCCUCUCCCACGCAUCGACGACCUUCUCGAGCGAUUGGGCGGCGCCCAGUUCUUCUCUAAGUUGGAUCUCAAGUCAGGGUACCACCAACUCGAGAUUCGCAAGGAGGAUCGCUACACGACCGCGUUCAAGACUCGGUAUGGGCAUUUCGAAUGGCUGGUCAUGCCAUUUGGCCUUACGAAUGCCCCAACCACUUUCCAAGCGGCUAUGACGACGGAGUUCCGACACAUGCUGGAUCGUUUCGUACUUAUAUACCUCGACGACAUCUUGUUGUACAGCCGGAGUCUGGACGAGCAUGUGGAGCACCUGCGCACCGUUUUGGAGCGGCUACGAUAAGCCAAGUACAAAGCCAACCGC